AUGAACAUCACGGAACACAGCGCCGAGAUUCCGCUGAAUCCCUCCAGGCAACAAUUAGAGCAUGAGAAAUCGCUCAAUAUGGAACGAGUACGGAAACAAUUGACCGAUGUUAACAUCCGCGACCUCGUGCCCACGUUAGUUGCGCGACAAGUGCUUAGGACAUACGAAAUGAGUACGGUAUACUCGAAAGUAAGCACUUUAAACUUUUUUAAAUAAAUGUCUUGUGCUUUAAUAUAUUUAUGAGGAAUGCGAAAGAAUUAACGGAUUCACAUUAUAUUUGAAGAGUAUCAUAACAUCAUACAGUUUCAUUGUAAACAUGUUUAAAUGAUUGAUUACGGUAGUAGAUGUUAGAAUAUAAAAAUAGCUCUACUUUCCCAAUAUUAACCUUUAGACAGACCCUGAUGGUCAGUUGGACAAGCUGAUCGAGUUGUUGAGGACUCGCAAUCACUGGCUUGGCCCGCUGAUCGAUGCCUUGAUCCGAAGCGGCCAAACCACAGUCGCCGAGAACCUACUUCGACAUACUCAAAGCGAAAUGUAA